CCUCCACCACCACAGGCCGCAAUUUGGACGCCUCCAACGCCGUCAUAGAGACGGCGGACGCUCCAGAAGCAUUCCCCGUCUUCGAAGAAGACACUCUUGAGGGUUCGCCCUCUUCUUCGCCCCCUCCCUCCCCCUCUCUCCGCCGGCGUUCUCGCCAAGUCAACGAGAACGACCGCCGCGCCUUCUUCGGCCUGCCAAAGCCGAAGGUAUUUAACUACGUCGACCUCGUCAAGGCUCUCCGGACUCCCCCUGCCCCCGGAUACCUCCCAAGAGCCCCAACCAGCCAGUUGGGCACUGAAUCGACGUACAGACGGGCGGAUCCAAGCCAACUCACCUCUCUCUCACCAGCGCCAUGGGCGCAGUUAAGGUCCCAGUCCCAGGGCCAGCACACCUCAAGCGAUCGGCAGGACCCGACGAAUGGCUCGAAGCAGCAAAAAACUGCAAAUACCUCUCAGAAUACCACAUGAAGCAGCUCUGCGAAAUCGUCAAGGAGUACAUGAUGGAGGAGUCAAAUAUCCAGCCCGUGUCUACCCCAGUCACGAUCUGCGGCGAUAUUCAUGGUCAAUUCUACGAUUUACUCGAACUUUUCCGAGUCGCAGGUGGCAUGCCCAACGAAUCGGCGCCCGAAACACCCGUCACACCCGCAAACAUCAUCACUUCCGCAGACAUUGAACCCCCUUCUACCAUCACAGACCCGAAAUUGAAGAAGAAGCUGAAACUCGGGGGAUCAGAACAUCCUGAUACACCAAGCGAAAAGAGCAGUGAGAUCAGCGAUGCCGAAGAAAUACCUUCAUCACAGCACUCAGAGAUCGAAGACGAAAGAUCAGAGUCGGGAAAUGUCAUCUCACGCAAACAAAACGCAAAUUUCAUCUUCCUUGGAGACUACGUCGAUCGCGGAUACUUCUCCCUCGAAACACUCACACUUCUACUAUGCCUCAAAGCGAAAUACCCCGAUAAAAUCACACUGGUCAGAGGAAAUCACGAAUCUCGCCAAAUCACACAAGUAUACGGCUUCUACGAGGAAUGCGUGCAGAAAUAUGGAAACACUUCAGUCUGGAAGGCCUGCUGUCAAGUGUUCGACUUCAUGACACUAGGAGCCAUAGUAGAUGGCAAAGUCCUGUGUGUCCACGGUGGCCUCUCCCCAGAAAUCAGAACGCUCGAUCAAGUGCGAGUUGUUGCACGAGCACAAGAAAUCCCACAUGAAGGCGCUUUCUGUGAUCUCGUAUGGUCAGAUCCCGAGGACGUUGAAACUUGGGCAGUAUCGCCUCGAGGAGCAGGCUGGCUUUUUGGAGACCGAGUCAGUCAGGAAUUCUGCCAUGUCAACGGCCUCAACCUGAUUGCACGAGCACAUCAGUUGGUCAAUGAAGGCUACAAAUAUCACUUCAAGAGUCAAGACGUGGUGACAGUAUGGAGUGCACCGAAUUACUGCUACAGAUGCGGAAACCUGGCAUCGGUAUGUGACAUUGGCGAAGACAUGAAUCCGACAUUCAAGCUUUUCAGCGCCGUCAAAGAUGAGCUACGACAUGUUCCACCAUCAAGAGGGGGACGGAAUGAAUAUUUCCUUUAAGGUCGGUGACGAUUGAACAAUGAACACUUGGCUCAGCAGCACCAGGAGGAUGGAUGAGCUUGGAAUGGCUGGGUGCUUGGUGCUUGGUGCCAGAUUUCAUGAAUUCCAGCAUAGCGAUGGCGCCACGGUGGGCUCAUGCAUGCAUUGUAACAGAUAUCCAGAGAGCUGGUUAUAGAGCUGGCUAGAAAUGAUGACCUUGAAAUCCCA